AUGUCGUUGACGAGAGCUGAGAGGGUUGUCUCGUCGACCUUGAGGCGAGGAAUAACGACUCACCCAACAUCCCGACUACUUACACCGGCCGUUACGUUUGGAUCCCUUCGAACAUUCCACAAUACUACCAGAUCCCCGGCCCCGUCACAGCCAUCCGUCACCGGCCUAGGCACCAUCCCGCCCUCCUAUUUCCAACGCCCCUCUUUACCCGCCAACACCAUCAUCCGCUUCGUACCCCAACAGACAGCAUGGAUUGUCGAGCGCAUGGGAAAGUUCAGCCGCAUUCUCGAGCCGGGUUUAGCUAUUCUCGUCCCAUUCAUCGACCGCAUCGCCUACGUCAAGAGUUUAAAGGAAGUCGCUAUAGAAAUACCUAGCCAGAGCGCCAUCACCGCCGAUAAUGUUACCCUCGAGUUGGACGGUGUCUUAUACACCAGGGUUUUCGACGCCUACAAAGCCAGCUACGGUGUAGAAGACGCCGAAUACGCCAUCUCGCAACUAGCCCAAACAACCAUGCGCAGCGAAAUCGGCCAACUAACCCUCGACCACGUGCUCAAAGAACGCGCCGCCCUCAACACCAACAUAACCGCCGCCAUCAACGAAGCCGCGCAAGCAUGGGGCGUAACCUGCCUCCGGUACGAAAUCCGGGAUAUCCACGCCCCCGCCGCCGUAGUAGAAGCCAUGCACCGACAAGUAACAGCCGAGCGAUCGAAACGCGCCGAGAUUCUAGAAAGUGAGGGACAACGGCAAAGCGCAAUCAACAUCGCCGAAGGUAAAAAGCAAAGCGUAAUCCUAGCCUCCGAGGCCUUACGCGCUGAGAAUAUAAACCGCGCGAGCGGUGAAGCCGAAGCUAUUCUCAUGAAAGCCAAAGCUACGGCUUCAGGAAUCGAUGCCGUGGCGAAUAGUAUCAGUAGUGGAGGUGCGGCGGCGCAGGGCGCGGUUAGUUUGAAUGUGGCGGAGAAAUACGUCGAUGCGUUUAGCAAGUUGGCGCGUGAGAGUACGGCGGUUGUGGUUCCGGGUAAUGUUGGUGAUAUUGGUGGUAUGAUCGCCACGGGUCUCAGCGUCUACGGCAAGGUUGGUGAAGCUCAGAGCCGUACCAUGGCCAAACAGCUCUUGGAGAAGGGUGAGGAGUCAAAGGAGGAGCAAGGCAGUGUUGUAGACUCGAUGGUUCGCGAAUUUGAUAACACGACUGGUAGGGGUAGGAAGUGA